AAACUUCCCGUUCGAAUAGCGCGCUCAACUAUUCAUUUCGGAGAUUUAUUUUCCGCUAAGCUCUUUUUACUCUUUAUGAGUAGUUAAAUUCUGGAAUUUGCUGAUGGAAUUUUUUGACUAACUAGGGUGUUUCAAGGUCACCAAUCGAUGAGCUUGAAUAUAUUGUCUGUGACACGGAUUCAAUCCGUCAUCCUGGUUUGCGGUUGUCGUCGCCUACGGGUAUGGCGCCUUGUGUCUUUAACCGACUGCCCCGAUCUGUCAUCCCUAUAAGAUAUGAAAUAGAAAUCAAGCCAUGCUUUCUGAGCUUCAGGUUUACUGGGAACCUGUCUUUAUCUGUAUCUAUUGAAGAAGAGACUUCUCAAAUAUUACUCAACGCCAAAGACAUUUCAGUAAGUAAAGCUACGUUCAAUGGAAUUGAUGUUGAAGUAAUUGAGAAACGGGAAUAUGAGCAGGUUUCGUUCAUUCUUAGAGAACCGUUAGCAUCGGCUUUGGGAGAACUUAGAGUGGAGUAUACUGGCAUAAUAAGUGAAAAAAUGGAGGGUUUCUAUAGAAGUUCAUAUAUCUCUGGGGAAGAAGAGCAUUAUCUACUCUCUACACACUUUGAGGCUACUGGCGCUCGACAAGUAUUCCCAUGUUUGGAUGAACCAGAGUUCAAGUCAAUUUUUGGUAUUAAACUCCACAUUCCUAAAGGAAAGACUGCUAUUUCAAAUAUGCCUCUCUUAUCAAAAGUAGAACACGAUGAAAACAUAGUUGUGUUCCAUUUCCAAGAUACUCCAAAGAUGUCAACAUAUUUGGUAGCUUUUGCUGUUGGAGAUCUUGAGUAUACCGAGGCUGUUGACAAAAAUGGAGUUUUAGUGCGUGUGUAUUCGCGUAAAGGUCUUCUCUCAGAACAAAACCAGGGUUCUUUCGCCCUAAAUGUGGCUUGUCAUAGUUUACCAUUUUACGGGGAAUACUUUGGCAUUGAGUAUCCAUUACCCAAAAUUGAUUUACUUGCAGUCCCUAAUAUGUGUGGUGGUGCGAUGGAAAACUGGGGAUUAAUAACUUUUCGUGAAAGACUUUUACUAGCUAAUCCACACACAAUGUCUCCAGCAACAAAAGAAGCUAUUACAACCGUAAUCAGUCAUGAAAUAGCCCAUAUGUGGUUUGGUAAUCUCGUCACGAUGGAAUGGUGGACAGAUUUAUGGCUUAAGGAAGGAUUUGCGGCUUGGAUAGAAUACUUUUGUUCUGAUCACUGUUAUCCCGAAAUGGAUAUUUGGACACACUUUUCAUAUAAUCGGUUAGCCUCUGCAUUACGUCUAGAUGCAUUAUCUAGCUCACAUCCGAUAGAAGUGGAAGUUUCCAAUCCAAAUGAAAUUAACGAGAUUUUCGAUACAAUAUCUUAUUGUAAAGGUGCUAGUCUUAUAAACAUGCUGCAUGGAUAUUUAGGUGGUAGUAUGUUUCGUUCGGGAUUAUCAUUUUACCUUAGAAAAUAUGCUUAUGCUAAUGCAGUUACAGAUGAUCUUUGGUUCGCCUUCGCCUCAUCUUGUGGCAUGGAUGUCGGUAGUUUAAUGCGUCCAUGGACCCUGAAUAUUGGGUUUCCAGUUUUAUCUGUCUUACUUGUUAGUGUAAAUAACACUUCUUUAAAAGUACAAUUAUCACAAGACCAAUAUAAACUUCAAUCAAAAUGUACACAAGACGCUAAACUCUGGCCUGUACCAAUAUCCUUAACCUGUUCUUCAAAAGACAGAAAACAUUCAUUCGUAUUUAAACAUGUUCUAAGGACAACAUCAGAAUUAGUAGAUAUACCUCUUGCUUGGAUCACGACUACUAAUCCUGACGAUUAUGUGAUACGGGCCAAUGCAGACGCAACAGGAUUUUAUCAUGUAAGAUAUGAUUCCAAGCAAAUGAACAAUUUAGUGGAUGAUAUGAAGUUAGGUGGAUGGAGCACUUCUAGUCGCUUCGUAUUCAUUAAUGAUGGAUUCGCAUUAGCUAAGGCUGGUUACGUUAGUGUUUACGAUUGGCUUAUACUUUUGCCUACAUUAAUGGAAAACGAAAAUGAUUACUCUGUAUGGCGUGGUGUUCUAGAUGGUCUUAAUACUUAUAUUAAGAGAAUAAUACAAUCUAGUGACAUUCCUUCUUCACUCUAUAAUAGUUUCCUAUUAAAAUUAGUAUAUCCAGUAAUAAAUAAAUUGGGUCUUAUUAAAAAUUGUGAUUCUUUGUCGCAUAAUACUAGUAUGCUCAGAUCAUUAAUGUUGUCUGUUGCUGGUGCAGGAGCAGAAGAUAAUAAUAUAGUUGAGGAAGCUAAAAGACUUUUUGAAGCUCAUCGUUCAGGCGAGAAAGAAUUGCCAAAUGAUUUACGUACAGCAAUUUACACAAUAGUUGUACGUCAUGGCUCUACAGAUGUGAUUCAAUAUCUUAUGGAUAUAUAGUCAUACGGACUCACCUGAAGAACGCCAUCAUAUUCUCUUGGCUCUGGGCGCAGCACGUGAAACUAAUUGUAAUGGCCUUAAUAAUUCAUCAUCUUCUUCGUCGCCUUUAUCGGAUGUUCUACAUUUUUGUUUGAAUCCAAACGGCCCAAUAAAAGAUCAAGAUAGAAUUCAUGGACUGGUCGCUUGUUCAUCGUGGUCUAUUCCAGCUAGACUAGCGACAUGGAAAAGUAUCACUAAUGAAUGGAGUAGAAUAAUCGAAUUGUAUAGUGGUCAGUUUUUAUUACCAUCUCUCUUAGAAGGUGUUUUAUCAGGAUUCUCGACAAAAUCUCAUAUAUCAGCGAUCAAAGUGAGUUUCUUCACUUAAGUUUCACUUGCUAAAAUGUUUAGUAUUUUCUGUUCAAACUCUUUUCAUAUGGAUUGUUUCCUAUUAAAUCUUAAUCUUGAUUUCAUCUGUUACGAAGUUGCUUUUUUAUUUUUAUUUUUUAAUAAAUCUGUAUUUCAGGUUUCAUUAGAAACUCUAAAAAAAGGUUUGAGAGAGUGUUUCGUUAGAAAAUUUUCAUUAUGGAAAAUAAACGAGUACAAAAUUUUGGGAAUACUUACUUUUUUUUAAAGAAAAAAAGACUUCUAAACUAGAAUAGCGUUGUAAAUUUGAAUAGGAAAAGUUUGUAUCCCUACGCCCUAUACUCUUUUAACAUUGUGAAGUACUACUUGCGGAUACAACUCAAAUGAAUUAAUUAUCUUUCUCACUGUCACACACACAUUUGUUCCGUUCACCCGUAAAUCGAACUUGUUUAGAUAUUAAAUGACUUUGUGAGUAUUACAAUAAACAUUACAUUUGUAAAACAAUUUUUUCCGUACAAAUCUAUACGUGUGGAAGAUUUAGAGCAUAGAAAAUGACUAAUUGAAUUCUUGUUAUCCCACAAUGUUUGUUGUUCACCCUUUACAAAACAUUAUGAUACGAUUUUCAUUAUAGUUUUGUAUUGACUCGGUUUAUUUAUUUGCUUUUUUUCCAGGAAUUUUUCGAUGCAAAUCCAGUUUGUUGCACGCGUACUUUAGAUCAAAUUUAUGAAACUUUAUCUAUCAACCAAACUGUUCUUGAACGUGACAGUCCAUUAAUUGCUAAAGCAUUGAAUACUUUGUGCAGUACUUUGAAUUAAAUGUACUACAUAUUUUUCAAGCCAUAAAUCGUAUAUGAAACAAACUUAUAAUUUUCUGUUUACAUUUCGAAAAAACAUGUUUCCAAAAAAAGUAUCUGUAUCCACAUUUCUCGUUACAUACUUUUCAGUAUAUUGGUAUUUACAAUUUAAGCGUUAUUGAGAUUAAAUUCAAUGCAUAGUAUAGUGACAUUGUAAUAUUAAUGUAAACCAAUCUACCAAUUUUAUGCAGUUGUGAGGAUAGUUUUUACCACAGACUAGUAUCGACUGGUGAACCAAAGAAAAUCUGAAAACAAUGGGGAACUUCAUUAAAUUCACUUAGUAUUGUUUGCUUGAAUCUUC